GCGACGCGUUCAGAACGAGAAAACAAAUCGGAGUGACUGGAAAUAGUAAUAAAAUAACAAAAACAAAAAAGACAUAAAAAAGACUCUUCCUCGGAGACUCAAAGACUAGAAAAGUCAUCUUGUGGUCAAGGAUGAUCGAACCAUUGAGUGGCGGUGAAGUGCAAGCAUAAACAAACAAACAAAUAAUAUAAAUCGUUGGAGUCAAAGUCAUAUUUUUUUGUUUUGGUGCCUCACAAUAAUUGUGGAUAUAAGAAAAGCCUUACCUUAGACAGCUGUGAAGCGAACAAAUUCGUCUUCUUUUUUGCCGCCGCCGCUGCCGCGUAUAAGUACACACUCGUACAUACAUAUAUGGUUCAUUAAAAGUGUGGCAGAACUUUGGCACUGGGAACUGGCGACAAGUAACGAGCUACAACGACCUGUGGCAAUGCUCCGGCAAAUUGUGCGGGUAAUUUCCAGCUCGGUUUAAUUUGGUCUAAGCCUAAGCCAAAUGGGCAUGCGCACCGUUGGCCGCUGUCAUUCGAAAGUUGCCUCUGCGUGACACACAUUCAGAGCAUUAGAGUUGGACACAACACAGGCAGACAAGUUGGAGCGCUGCCCUGCCGCAUCUCUGAGAUAUUGAUAUACCAAAGGGGAACCAGCUGCCAGGGGAUUCAGCGAUUCUGGCCUGGCCCAAGUCCAAACUCAGCUCUGUUGCAUUAUUCAUGCUCUACGGCGGCAUCCACAACUACUUCCACAACCACAACCACGCAACGGGAAUAGCAUCCACGAACGAAGAUGACGCUGCGCUUAGUCAGCAUAUUAUCGGCGGCAUUACUGCUCCUAUGGCCCGCACAGCUGGAUGCAUUUAUCACACCGAAUACAGGCUGCCACCACAAUGGCACUUGGUUCGCGGACAAAUCGGUGGUGCCCAGCAUGGAGAAGUGCCUAAAUUGCCAAUGUAACCGGAAGACGUUAGUCUGCCGACUUAAGGUCUGUCCUGAAAUGCCCAUGCCACCGCCCAGAGGCUGUGUUGUGGUCCAGAAGAAGAGCACUUGCUGUCCUUAUCUUUCCUGUGCCAGAUUGGAUGCGUUCUACAAGAUACCCACCAAACGCCGCAUCAUCGCUUAUCUGGAUCACUACGAGAGGGAGUCCAUCGAUAGGGUGGUCAAUGAUAAUAUGUUACAAAGACGAUCAGAUGAUUCCGAUACAGAUCUUUUUGUUUGCGUGAAAAACGGAACUGUCUACAAGUCGGGAUCUGCAAUGUCAUCUUCGAACUUGUGCAGCUACUGCUAUUGCAUAGGCGGCACCGAGAAGUGUGUGAAGCCAAAAUGUAUGCUGCCCGUAGAAGGCUGUAAGCCCAUAUUUGUGGACUCCACUUGCUGCCCCGUGAGAUACGAUUGCAGUAGCAAGACCUCAGGAAAGUCCUCCCAGGAGGUGCGUUAUAGGAAGACAUCGAACAAGCACUUUCAGCGAAUGUCGCAGCGCCUGCAGCGUAAUCGAGGCUGCACUGUAGGCGCCCAGUUCUACGCAGAGGGUCAAAAGAUGCGUUCGGAUGCAGACAAGCCCUGCGACAUAUGCUUCUGCAUUCGGGGAACAAGGCGAUGUGCUCCCAAAAAAUGUUCCCCUGCUUUGAAGAACUGCAUUCCAGUGGUGCCAAAGGGUCAGUGCUGUCCAUCGAGUUAUGACUGUGGCAGUCAGCGGGAUUACCGAAGGUCACACAACUCCAGGCAGUUUAAUUUGUACAAUAUGCUCUUUGGCAAGGAGGAACCAGAGCCACUGGAAACUGCUUUAAUACCACAAAACUCUAUGGCUGAGAGAUAUCCACACGAUCGUCAUCCCACAAGAGCUCCUGUGGGGAAUCCCCUGGAGGCUAGCAGUGAAAAGAGCAUAAUGGACACCCUUCGCGAAGGCCUAGAGUUUAUAGAUGGUAAUAACAACAAAAUGCUGGCCAACAACUUGGAUCUUGUGGGCAUAAGAACCACCCAGGCACCACCUAUGAUGAGAACGGAAUCCAGUGAAGAGGUGAGCAGUACUACAGCCCUGAGUUUUCUGGAUUUGCUGCUGGGUCCUAGUACAGAAACUGUGGGUAGCGAAGAAGGGAAACCCGAAUCUACUACUGUAAAGAAUACUCUUUCCUGGAUGGAUAUACUCCUUGGACCUGAUGAGGAGGAGUUUAACCCUAAAACGGAAGCCUAUUUGGAGACUAGUACCACACUGAAUCAACCCACUGAAUAUAAUCCUUCUACGAAUAGCAUAAAACGCAUAGCAGAGGACUUUGAUGAACAGUUGGACAAUGGAGAGAUGGCUGUAGGUGAAUUGCCAGCGGAGGCCCAACAAAUUGGUAUGGCAAAUGCAGGAAUUUGGCCAACACCAGCACCUGAAGUAAUGCCACCUCCAAAAGAGGAACCCAGCUUGUUUAACGCCUUGAUGGAUGGCUUGUCUGGAAUACUCGAAGAACCACUUAAUCAGACUCUGACAAGUACAACUACAACCUCAACUACAACGACUGAAAGACCCACCACUGUUCAUGCACCACCAAUGUUUCGACCUUUGCCGAGUGGCAAGCCCGUUCACACAAGAAUCAACUCGAAGUUGGCCAAUCUGACGGUGACACCGCCCAUGUUGCUGGUGACCAGUAAAUAUGGUCAGCCGGUGACCCAUCGAACAGCGGAUAAGAGGGUCAAUGCAACCACUAGUUCCACAAUAGUCAAAGGCACAGAGAAACCAAGUGCGAGCUCUACCCAACGAACAAAACUAGAUACUACAGCUAAAACCACACCGAAGCCCAGCACUACAGUCAAACCUAAGCUAAAGACUACUAGGAAAACCACAACCACACCGAAACCCACUACUCCAAAACCCACAACUCAAAAACCUUCAACGACAAAACCCACAACUCCAAAGCCGACGACUCCGAAGCCCACCACUCCGAAGCCCACCACUGAGAAACCCACCACUACAAAACCCACCACUGCAAAACCCACCACUCUAAAACCCACAACUCCAAUACCUUCUACUCCGAAACCAACAACAAGUACAACAACCACCACCACAAUAACCACCACUAUACGAACCACCGGCAAACCUAAAUUUAAGCCAAAACCAAAACCAUAUGUUACCAGCACUCCGAAGCCUCUGGUGAUCAAAACUAAUCCGAGUAUUUUGGAAGCAGAACCAUUGGACAUCAGUGGUGAACCCACCUUACCACCCAGUCUUCCCAACUUAAAGAUAAUUCCCUUCCUUCCAACCGAUGCUGUGGAUACUGUUCCCAAGGAGAAGUAUCCAUCCAACUUCUAUCAGCAACAGGUUGCCUCCGAUAAAAUGGAUGUGGUUGGUUAUGAUACCCUUGAUGAUUCGGUGGCUAUGUUCUCGCAAUCCCAGCCAGACCAGGCUGCCUACAAAUACAAGUUCAAUGUGGAAGUGCCAGCUGUGGAAUCCGCUCCAGAACCGGUCGUCCAUGUGGGAGGCAAAUAUGAGGGAAGUGCAGCUUACGUAAGCUUUGAUUUCGAUCGUCCGGUUGUGCCGCCACCACACAAUGGUUUCUCGCCACCCACUGAAACAGAGGGAGGAUUCAUGCCUAAGGAACCCCUCGUUAUCGAUGGGGAAGUCCUUCACGAACAUGUCACCUCGAGUGGAAUCAACGGGCCAGUUGAUAAUUUCCACGUCACGCAGCAUAUUAUUGAUAUCACAACUUCUGGGUUGCAAGCUAAUGAUACUGUUUCUAUAGAAAUCACCACACCCGAUCCCUUCAAGGAUGUCAUACACACGGAGCCUUCGCCCAAUCUCGAUGAAUUAAUCGUUGACAAGGCGAACAAGAAGCCGAGUGAAGAGCAUAUCGAGACCGUCACUUACAGUGUUAGCAAUUCAACAGCCUCCUCCAUAUUGUCAUCUAUCAGCAGCACUACAGCAGCAGCAGCAACAACAGAAGCCACUCCAACAACACCAACAACAACGGAAAAGGAAACCCCCUUUAUAGAUAAAUAUGAAAUCAAUAAAUUAGAUAAGCUCUUGGAUGAGCUGCUCGGCAUGGAGUUGUCCAAAGAAGAUAUUGUGAGCAGCACAGUGCCGGCAUUUAAGGCACUGCCAACGGCAACACCAACGACAACAAAAUCAGCAGCAAUAGCAACAGAAACAACAACAGCAACAAGCACGCCAGCAACAUCAGCCACUGGUCGGCCAACAGCGACAACACGUGCCCCGGCCAAAAAGGGAAAUAGUAAAACGAAAAACAAACAAACCAGCAGCAAUAGACGCAAAGUCCAGAGUGCCACACGACGCCAAAGUACACCAGCAACCACUAGAGCCCCACCAGCAACAUCAACUGCGUCAACAACCACGGGACAGCCCACAACAACGAAGAGCACUCAACAUCCAUUUUUAAACUCACCGUUCGACAAAUUACCCUUCAUGGAUACCAGCUAUGAGGUAAGACCGCACCGAUUGCAACCGCAGCAGCAGCAACAGCAACAGCAGCAGCAGCAGCAUCAGCAUGCAUUGCAAGCACCGCAGCAACAUGAGCAGCCACCACAGCAAUUCCACCAUUACCAACAUGCAACACGACCGCCGACAACAGCCCAACCUGCAACAUCCGCGGAGGAUGUGCCACAGGAUACGAGUUUGAGUUCGGGGGAGAGAACUGGCGGCGGUGGAGGUGCAUUUCUGGGUGGCGAUGAUCCACUCGGUCAGCUGAAAUUGGCGGGCUGCAAUAUUUACGGACGCAUGUACCGGGUGGGUAGGAUUAUCGUGGAAUUAUCCAGCCAGUGCCUGGAAUGCAAAUGCACCGAGGUGGGCGUCAAGUGCGGCCCAUUAGACUGUUAAUUUAGAUACCCCCCAUGAUCGUAAUCCCCCAGGGAGUGUAUAGAGGAUAAGUGUCAGUUUGUAGACGUAGGUUGUAGCUUGUAUGCUAAUCCCUAACUGUAACUAACUAAGGGGUAGAUUAGAACUUCUCUAGAAAGUAAGUUGUAUUAUAGAAAAAUGACAUUGAUGUCUUUGAAAACAAAACAUACAAAAUACUUAUAUUUAGCUUGGCAUUUAUGACGCAUAUU